UAAGGCCGGGGUCGGGACGGCGGAAGAGGAAGAGUCUGAAGGCCCUGGGUUAUGUCUCAAGGGGGAGAGGGCCUGCAGUUGAGGAUCGGCGGAUGCUGAGCAGACAGAGGAACUCUGGAGGCAGAAACGCUUCCCCAAAGCACUGCGCUCCGGCCUCAUUAUGUAUGGAAAGGAGAAUUGGGACUCCGAGGACAGAGGGCAGGCCUCACCCCGGCCUGAGGCUGUCUGCCCAAGUCCUCAGGCUCCUGGUGUCUCUUCCCUCGUUAUAAGACUUUAAUGCCAAGAGGAAAAAGAAAGUGGCAGAAAUAUACCAGGCUCUCAACAGUGAUCCUACUGACGUGGCUGCCCUUAGACGCAUGGCUAUCAGUGAAGGAGGGCUCCUGACUGAUGAGAUCAGACGAAAAGUGUGGCCCAAGCUCCUCAAUGUGAACACCAAUGACCCAUCUCCUAUAUCAGGCCAGAACCUACGCCAGAUGAGCAAGGACUAUCAGCAAGUGUUGCUGGACGUCAGGCGGUCUUUACGGCGAUUCCCUCCUGGCAUGCCGGACAAGCAGAGAGAAGGGCUCCAGGAAGAACUGAUCGACAUCAUCCUCCUCAUCUUGGAGCGCAACCCUCAGCUGCACUACUACCAGGGUUACCAUGACAUUGUGGUCACAUUUCUGCUGGUGGUAGGCGAGAGGCUGGCAACAUCCCUGGUUGAAAAAUUGUCCACCCACCACCUCAGGGAUUUUAUGGAUCCAACAAUGGACAACACCAAGCAUAUAUUAAACUAUCUGAUGCCCAUCAUUGACCGGGUGAAUCCAGAGCUCCAUGACUUCAUGCAGAGUGCUGAGGUGGGGACCAUCUUUGCCCUCAGCUGGCUCAUCACCUGGUUUGGGCAUGUCCUGUCUGACUUCAGGCACGUCGUGCGGUUAUACGACUUCUUCCUGGCCUGCCACCCCCUGAUGCCCAUUUACUUUGCAGCUGUGAUCGUUCUGCAUCGUGAACAGGAAGUCCUGGACUGCGACUGUGACAUGGCCUCAGUUCACCACCUGUUGUCCCAGAUCCCUCAGGACCUGCCCUACGAGACACUGAUCAGCAGAGCAGGAGACCUCUUUGUUCAGUUUCCCCCAUCCGAACUUGCUCGGGAGGCAGUUGCCCAACAGCAAGCUGAGAGAACGGCAGCCUCUACCUUCAAAGACUUUGAGCUGGCAUCCGCCCAGCAGAGGCCUGACAUGGUGCUGCGGCAACGGUUCCGGGGACUUCUGCGGUCUGAGGAUCGAACAAAAGAUGUCCUGACCAAACCAAGGACCAACCGCUUUGUGAAACUGGCAGUGAUGGGGCUGACAGUGGCACUCGGAGCAGCUGCCCUAGCUGUGGUGAAAAGUGCCCUGGAAUGGGCCCCUAAGUUCCAGCUGCAGCUGUUUCCCUGAAUGCCAGAGAAGAUACUUCCUCUCACAUGACAUUCAGUCUCACCCUUCCAGGGAAGGAUUAGGAGGAGGUGGAAUUUCCUUUAUUAAAAGGGUUUCUGUCAAGGGUCUUCUAUUCCUGCCACCCUUCCCUGCCUGUCCUUGUUUGCCUUUGCUUCAGAGGCCAUUAGCAGAGCCUACGUGACACCAAGGGAACCUGGGGACCUGGGCACAGGACUUUUACUCAACUCCCACUGGACUUCAGAGUAGACUGUGUGCCGCCUCCCCUUGGGUUGGAGGGAAUGGGUUUCUUUAGCUCCCAGCUGCCUUGGAACUUGCUGCACCCUGGUGACUGGGAACCUCUUGGCUGCCCAGUAGAAAGUUAGCUGGACCAGGGGAAGCCCUCCUUGUCACUCCUGUCUGCUUCUGGUGGACUAAGAAGCAAGGGGCACUAACAAGCUGGGCUUUGGAACAAAAGCAAGAUAGCAGAGGACUCUAGCCUGGGAAUACUAUUGGCCCCUCUUAUGAGCAGGUCCAUUAGCUGGUCAGAAAUCAAAGAGACAGAUGUGAACCAGGUUACCAAUUAAAUCCUACCUAUGUGCAGCCUAGCAAUUGCAUGGGCAUUUCCAGUCAAACGAGAAGGAGUUUUAGUUUUUAAAUACUAGGCCUAGACUGGUUUUGCUUGCCUUUGUCUUUUCUUUUCUUUUCUUUUUUUUUAAUUUCAGACUAACGUGAGGACACAACUGAGAUACAGCAUCACGUUUGUUAGGUGGAGUCCCUCUUGUACUUACGUCCCGCACCCAACAGGCGCCUUUGUCAUUGCUUUAAAAAAUACUUUUACUGUUUUUAGAAUUAUAUACACCCAACAUGUAAAGGACCCUCAUUUUAAAAAUAAUAGUUCCUUCACAGAAAAAAGAGUUCUCAUCAGAAAGAUGAGCUUCUAAGAUCUUUUACCCAAUUGUUUAACACUUUGAUUUAGCCAGAAUUACUGUUUGUGAAGAGCCCCGUGCUUCCGAAGUGCCCACUUUCUGACUGGCUUCCUUCCUCUUUUCUUCAAAUCACCCUCCUACUUCCAAAUAGGCACCCACUUGCUACUUUGGCAUCUGGGGUCUGAUUUAUCUCCUCAACCGCUGGUCUCUCCCUACUGGUUGGAAAUGUUAUUGGAAACCUGCCGGCACCCAGAAAGGGACAGACUGUAGCCUGAAGAGCUUGGCAGGAGUCUGGAACAGCCAGCCCACCUCCCCAAGCUUCCCCAAGGAUUCUGCAGGCCUCAAGGAGCACGGGCAGUCCCUUGUUCUUCUGGGACAGCUUUCCUGAAGCAAAGCCAGAUUUUUUUCCAAUUAACUCUGGCUUAAAAAAAAAAAAAAAAAAAAGUGCCUUUUGCUGCUUUAAAGAAUUGGAGUAUAUUAAGUAUGAAGCAGCCAUGUACUUUUAUUUUCCUGGUCCUUCCUGGGCACUGUUUUCUCCUGGCAGGUAUUUGCUUAAAAUGAACAUGCCAGAAGCACUCCACCCACCAUGUCCAGACCUCCACAUCUUCCUGAUGCUGGUUGGGUGCAGCAAGAAGGGCGUCCCACAUGCCAUGCUGCCAACAAGCCCAGAGGUCACACUAAGCACUUUAAAACCAAAAAAGGCUCAAAGUGGUGGUCCAUUGUCCACAGCAAAGCCCUACCUGGGCUGAUUAGUUUAGAAAGUGGUGAACUCAUCAGGAUAAAGGAGGUUCUUCUAGGACCCAGCGGUUGGUGAUGUGAUGAAUGUUCCAUGUUCUCCCACAGCAGGUUUGUUCCCUUGUCACCAUUUCAGUGGGCGGUAGCACUGCCCCUCCUGCCACAGCACUCAAGCCUGUCGGUAAAUACUGACAGAAUCGAUGGGGAGGAGGAAAGGAGAUGCAUGUGACGGGGACCCAAGGCCACAGUACUUUGGGUCCCAGGAAACAAGUGGUAUUUGCUUAUAUUGUGGCUUACGAAGGAAAAAGUUAGUUUUAUAGCUUUGCUGACACCAGGGUUCUCCCCUGCCAUUGAGAAGAAAAAAUUAUCUACUUACCUUCAGGUGGUUUACUUAUUCUAUAAAGAAUAUGUGUAAAUAUUUUGUACAGAGCCCUGUAUGAAAUAAACAGCCAUAUGUGGUACUGAU